AUGUCUAUCGCUAGCCAGUAUUUUAUUGCCUCUGUGCAAGAAAACAAGCCAUUUGCGCCCAAGAAGCCUAUUGAGCUUUACAGCAAUCAAUACUUUGCUGCAUGCACCAUUGGUGGUAUCCUUGCUUGCGGACCCACGCAUGCUCUAAUGACACCUUUGGAUCUUGUAAAGUGUCGACUUCAGGUGAAACCAGACCUUUAUAAGGGCAUUGUGGAUGGAUGGAAAACAAUCAUUCGUACGGAAGGCAUGGGAGGUUUGUUGGUGGGUUUUGGUCCCACUGCUGUUGGCUAUUCAAUGCAAGGUGCUGGCAAGUACGGUCUUUACGAGUACUUCAAGUACAAGUAUGCCGAUAUCGUUGGUGAAACCAAUGCACACAAGUAUCGUGGAUUAUUGUACCUCACGGCUUCAGCUUCAGCCGAGUUUUUCGCUGACAUUUUGUUGUGUCCCUGGGAAGCACUCAAGGUGCGACAACAAACAUCCUAUCCACCAUUUGCACGCGGUACUAUUGAAGGCUUCAAAAAAUUGAAUGCUGCCGAAGGUCUCAAGGGCUUUUACAAGGGCAUCACACCUCUUUGGGGUCGUCAAAUUCCAUAUACCAUGAUGAAGUUUGCAUCCUUUGAAGCUACGGUCGAGUUUAUCUACAAGACAUGUCUCAGCAAACCAAAGCAUGAAUACAACAAGUUGCAGCAGCUUGGUGUCAGCUUUGCUGGUGGCUAUAUUGCUGGUGUCUUGUGUGCUUCUGUUUCUCAUCCAGCCGACGUGGUUGUGUCCAAACUUAAUAAUCUUCCCGAACCUGCACCCGGUCAACCUAAAAUGGGUGCUAUUGAAGUUGCCAAAGAACUUGGAUGGAAGGGUGUCUGGCGUGGACUUGGUCCUCGUAUCGUCAUGAUUGGUACAUUGACCGGUCUUCAGUGGCUCUUUUACGAUACAUUCAAGGUCUAUGUCGGCUUGCCAACAACAGGUUCAACGCCCAAUGACAAUGACAACCAAAGUAAAAUAGAAGAAAUCGAGCAGUAG